AUGAAUGAUAAAGACUAUUUAAUCAACCUAUUCUUCGCAGAAGAGAUCGAAGAUUAUGACGAAAGAAGUAAAUCAUCUACUAUGGUAUCAGCUAGAAUGAACGAAAUGCAACUUGAUGAAAUGAACAAAUUUUUCACGAUAACACCUAAAGAAAGAGCUACUACUGAUCAAAAAGGCAAAAGAAAGUCUACUAAAAUAGAAGAUUAUUAA